AUGCUACAAGCGCCGGGAGAAAAGCGGGUUGCCCAUUGGAGGUCUCCGUUGGCUGGCCCUUGCCGUGGCUCGACCGCCAUCGACCCUCAGAUCAAUACCUCACUGCCGCUGUUGAUUUUCCUGGAAGAUUAUGACGACAAAGACGUGAGAGAUGAGUUACCUUGUUUCCCAUUUCCUUGUGGUGCCAUGAAACUCAUGGUUGUCCCCAAGAAAAAGGUUAGUAAACACAAGAGAGGUAUUAAAAAUGGACCAAAGGCUUUGAAACUUGUCCCAGUAAUCAUCCGUUGCACGUAA